AGAAGAAGUAGUAGAAGUAAACACUUGUUUCACGUGGAGGGAAAAAACAGUAAUGGCAGCGAAACUGGAGCGUUUUGUGAGUCCGGGGAAAGGAAACGGGCUCCGGGCCACAGCCGGGAUCAAUAGAGGAGAACUGGUGUAUUCUGCAGAGCCGCUGGCGUGCUGCGUGUCCAAAAAACUGCUGAGAGAAAUCUGUCAUCAGUGCUUCUCACGACGCAGCACAUUGUUGAGGUGCUCCCAGUGUAAGAUCGCCCGCUACUGUGACGUCACUUGUCAGAAACAAGCUUGGUGUGGUCAUAAAAGAGAGUGUAAAUGUUUACAGAGCAUCCUGCCAAGAAUUCCCACCGAUUCCGUGCGCCUGGCUGCAAGACUCAUUUUUGCUUUGUUGAGUCCAUCUAACAACACAAGUGAGGAACUCUACACCUUAGAGGAGCAUGAAUCCCACCUCCCUUCCAUGUCUGAGCAGAAGAAAGAGGGUUUGUCUCAGCUGGUGACCAUGUUACAGUUGUACCUCCAAGAGGAAAUGCCUGACUUCAUGCAAGAGAGAACAUCAGGGAUUCCAACUGCCUGCAGAGAACCCCUCAGCCUUAUCGCCAAGGUGACAUGCAAUUGUUUCACGAUUAGUGACGGUGAACUGCAAGAGAUUGGAGUUGGACUGUAUCCAAGUUUAUCUCUCUUAAACCAUGACUGUAGGCCAAACUGUGUGAUGGUGUUUGAGGGAACAAAACUCCAGCUGAGGGCUGUUCAGGAUAUCGCUGCAGAAGAGGAGCUAACUAUAAGUUACAUAGAGACGUCAGCAUUGACUGAAGAUCGGCAAAGACAGCUGGAGGACCAGUACCAUUUUACCUGUCACUGCCAGCAAUGUGACUCUGCAGACAAAGACAAAAUCAUGCUGUCAGGGGAAGAAGCCUCGUGGUGCUUGCUGAAGGAAACAUUACCCAGGCUGGAAGGACUGAACGCAGAGCAGAAUUGGCAGUCACUUUUAGAGAGCUGCAGGGACCUGUUUUCAACUGUCGGCAGUGCCGUCCCUGAUGAAAAUCUGUACAAACUGAAAACGACAGACAUGGCUUUAGAUGCCUGCAUUCACCUGGAACAGUGGGAGGAAGCUGUGCGAUAUGGGGAAAGAACACUGCCAGUAUACAACAGACUGUACUACCCUGAUCCCCAUCCAGUCCAUGGGAUCCAGCUGAUGAGAGUUGGAAAGUUGCAGCAUUAUCUGGACCGCAUCAAGGAUGCUUUAGAAACCUUCAAAAAGGCCUAUCGAAUCAUAACCCUCUCCCAUGGUGAUGAUCACCCCCUGACCUCUGACCUGCUGAGGAGGAUGAAAGAAUGCCAAAUUGAAAUGGAUCAUCAAACAAUGAGAAAUGACUAACCUACAGCAACAACAAUUCUGCUACAGGAAACUUAGAUGUGAUGCAGAGGUGGAUUUUAUAAAUGCUGACUUCUAAAACAUGAACAGCAUGCCCCCUCCAUUUAA